GGUGCGCCCGCCACUGUGCACGAUGGCGUGUCGGAGCCGCCGGCCGGAGCAUCGCGGUCCCCCGGAGUUGUUUUACGACGAAAAUGAAGCCCAGAAAUACGUCCGCAACUCUCGGAUGAUUGAUGUCCAGACCAAGAUGGCUGAGCGAGCCCUGGAGCUCCUUUGUCUGCCUGAGGGUCAGCCCUGCUACCUGUUGGAUAUUGGCUGUGGGUCUGGGCUGAGUGGAGAUCACCUCUCAGAGUCAGGACACUACUGGGUGGGCAUUGACAUCAGCUCGUCCAUGCUGGAUGCAGCCUUGGACCGUGACACAGAGGGAGACCUGCUUCUGGGGGAUAUGGGCCAGGGUCUCCCUUUCAAACCAGGUUCCUUUGAUGGCUGCAUCAGCAUCUCUGCAGUGCAGUGGCUCUGUAAUGCCAACAAGAAGACUCAAAUCCCUGCCAAGCGCCUGUACUGCUUCUUUACUACUCUCUAUUCUGUUCUUGUCCGAGGAGCCCGAGCGAUCCUACAGCUAUACCCUGAGAACUCAGAGCAGUUGGAGCUGAUCACGACACAGGCCACGAAGGCCGGCUUCACGGGCGGCGUGGUGGUAGACUACCCCAACAGUGCCCGAGCAAAGAAGUUCUACCUCUGCCUGUUUUCUGGGCCUUCAACUUCUCUGCCGAAGGGGCUGACAGAAAACCAAGAUGCCGAGCAGGCCACGGAGUCGGCAUUCACUCACCAGAGGCUUCCGCACAGGACCUCACGUCGGGCCAUGGUGAGAAAGAGCCGCGAGUGGGUGCUGGAGAAGAAGGCGCGCCGGCAGCGCCAGGGCAAGGAAGUCAGGCCCAACACGCAGUACACGGGCCGCAAGCGCAGGCCUCGCUUCUGAAGGGUCCCAUGCCACUCUGUGGGGCCACCGACCACGGCUACCCAGAGGCUGCCAAGAGCUCUGCAGUGCUCAGCAUGUUCUCAUCUCUGCAGAAGCACUGAGGACAUCUGAUUUUAUUCUGGAAGGAAUAAAUGACUUUUUGUGGACCACUGUGUGGCUCCCACGACAACAAA